AUUGGUACAAUGCAUGACAACCAAAGAAGAAGAAAUUGCACCAUCUGCAAGCUAAUUCACAACGCUACGUUACGCUAUGUUUUUAGCAAUGUGACCUUUACUGUCUAUGUUUGUGACCAAGGGGGUUAUUAUUACACAUCCAUGAUUAUGACAUUGCAACGUAAACCCGGACAAUGCACAACGUAGAGCUGACAUGACCAGAGCAAGGUGGGAUCUGAGGACACAGAAAGGUUCACGUGGAGCGAUAAGGAGUGACCUGGGGGCUUGAAGGCUCAUGUCUACUUCCCAAACAUUAACACCUCUCGACUGUGGCGGCGGAGAACACCUCAGCAUGGUGAAGGCAGUAAAGAUGGAGCUGCUGAGAGCACUCGUCAGUGAGCGUUUGUCUGCAGCUGCCGAGGAGAUUUUUGAGCUUGUAGAAAGAACCAUUACAGAAUAUGAAAAGGAGAUUUCCUGUUCAAAGUGGGUAGUGGAUAGCCACCGCGGACUGCUGGAUGACGCCAAGUCACAUAGUGAAGAUUCUUUCCAAAUGUCUGCCUCGGGCGUGAAGUUGCAGUCUGGCCAGCAGCAGCGCGCUGCCAGCGGGAACGUCAGCGUGUGCUGGGCUGAACCAGAAACCACCACGUCAGAGCCGACAGAAGACUGUCCCAACAUGGACAGCACUCAUCCGGACCCGUCUCCCGCCAGUGAAAAUUAUCAAAAUGGUCAGGAGAUACUGAUCGAUAUCGGAGACGAGGAUGUGAAGCAGGAGUGUGACGUCGACAUGCCUUUGGAUAUCGUCAAAAUGGAAAAACGUCCCGUUAGCUUGAGUGCUUUUUCUUCCGAAAAGACAACGAUACAACACAUCAAAAAGCACCCAGAGGACAAUUUGUCCCUUUACCAGUGCCAGUUCUGUGAUCUCUACUUCUGCCACAUGUCUAAAUUCAUCAUUCAUUCCAGAACGCACAAUGGUGCCAAACCAUACACGUGCCACCACUGUGAGAAAAGCUUUGGCGAGAGGCAUAGUCUGCUCAUUCACAGACAAAAACACAUCGAGGAGAAACCAUGUUUGGGUUUUAUUCAAAAGGUGGAAGCAGAAACUGACCUCAGGUCAGUGACACCAGCCAGUAAGAUUGAAGAGCUGGCUUGCAGACAGGAAGAUUCUGGCAUUAACAUAUUUCCAUGUACUGUCACUCCCUAUGAUAAAAGUGAGUUUGAUCAAGAGUCUCUGCAGCCCCUGAGUCUUUACCAAAUCCAGACUGUUGCCGAUAUAGAUAAAGACUCCUCAGCUGCAGCAACAGUUGAUCUCAUUAAAGCCGAGCCAGCUGGAACUGAUGCCGGCGUGUCAGACGGUGCCAUGUAUGAUCAGUUGCUCCUUCCAGUGAGACCGAGUGAACAGGGCGACGGUAUGACAGAGCCUAAACAUCGCAACUUUAACAAUAUCCUACAGAGUAGACCUUCGAGAAAAUCCACAGAGCUCAAUGUUGUGUUUGAAGCGGGGACAACACAGAAACCCCACAAGUGUCCUUGUUGCACCAAAUGUUUCUCCUCGACUAAGACUCUAUUAAGACACGUGCGGACCCACACAGAGGACAAAGCCUAUCAGUGCCACUUAUGUGGGAGGAACUUCUGUCAGAAGUCGGACCUGGUCAAUCAUACGAGGAUACACACAGGAGAGAGACCGUAUCAGUGCCCAGAAUGUCCCAAAUCAUUCGCGCAGAAAGGCAACCUGGUGGUUCACAUGAGGAAACAUGCUAGAGAUCAACUGUAUCAGGGCCAAGAGUCCAGCUGGAGCUGUAGUCAGAGGUCAUCUUUUGACUGUCAAAUGCAAAGCCACAGGUAGUUUAAGGGGUUUUAAGCUUUGUUCUGAGGCUGGGUAUCAAACCUCAAUACUGGGUCUGGGGUUAGCUCUAGCUACGUUAGCAACACCAGUUGAUAGCAAUGGAUUCCACAGAUUUUUGUGCAUACAAAACAGAAGGGACUGUUUGUACAACUGAUUUAAAGAGACAGAAGUGCUACUACUUUUAUUUUACAGCUUUAACUGGUUAAUGCACAGCCUUGUUGGAUUUUGAGUUCAGGGGGUACUGCGAGGUUUGUCCGACUUCCCAACUCGGAAAUCCAAGUUCAGGGGGUGUGUUUCCAACUUUGACCUCGGGAAUUCCGACCUCCGGACACAAAUGGAACGCACUAUGAAAGCUGGAAGUGAAUGUUCCGUUGGACA